AUGAUCCAAUCCGAACUUCAAGAGCUUGCGCAAAUAAAAGCAGAGAUCCGUAGACAUCGAGAAAAGAUCCGAGAACAUGAACAACAAGUUGUGAAGCUAUUGAAGGAAGAGAAGCUGCUUAUGGAAAGCACGCAGUGGUGGCGGGACUACAAUAAGAAGGUGAAAAUGGAGGUGAAGAAUGCUUUGGCGGAUAUGGAAAAGGAAUGA